CCUCUACCAUUUGCCCUUGAGUUACUGUAUAAAAGCCUGCGUGUUGUCUUUUGCUGCACUCUGACACCAACAUGUCUCUCCUUCAACAAGUUAUCGUUGCUUCCCUGGCAGCCUUCGUGGCCGCUAAUUGCCCCCCGAAUUUCUUCGAGUCCGGAGGCCUCUGCUUCAGCGUCAUUGACAAGCCCGGGGUGAACAUGACGUGGGAGGAGUGCAGGGGUCUGUGUGAGAAGGAGGCAGAGGGGGUGUGGAAGGCCGACCUGGCUGUCUUUGACAAUGCUGAAGAACUGGAAGCCUUCUCCAUCACCUGGCUCGAGAUCUCCAAUACGCUGCCCGAACAUCCCUACAUGUGGAUCGGCGUGCACAAAAUGGACGGCCAAUGGGUCACCCUGGACGGCACUCACAUCACUCACCAGAACCUGAUGUGGCACGUGGGUCACCCUCACGACAUGGGAAUCAACGCCUUCCUGGAGGACAUCACCAAGACCACAGGCGAGAACUCCUACGGACGUCUGUACAUGAGCUGUUCAAUGGGAGUGCACGAGCACCACAGCCGCUGUCUGUGUGAAGCUAACUGAUAGAAACGACACAGACAAAAGUGAUUAAGCUCCUCCCUCUCCUUUUCCUUUUUUUUCUUCCUUCUUUUCUUACUAUUCCCUCUCCUUCAUGUCUUUCUCUUCCUGCAUACUAACUACUCCACACAUACAUGUUGAAUGUACAGAAGUAUUUUGACAGGCAUUGUUAAGAUCGUUGUCCAAGAAUCUGCUCCACACGAUAUGGAAAAGAAAUUCUGCUACAAAGAAAACAAAGAACUUCCAGCUUCACACGAAGGAAGAAAAGAACGUAAAGGAAGGAAGAACGUAACAUGUUUUCCUGACGCAGUCAUCUCUCGUAAACAGCUUGUCAUAUCAUGAGACACAUUCAACAGCGUCUCGACGAUCCAAGUGUUAACUCUUCAGUCAUUCCUUAAGUUGCCGAGCCGCCGUUCAUAGAAAACUGACCCACGUUACUUGUAAGUGUGACUUAAUUAUCUGUAAACUAUCCUUUAUAACAAACACUGUACUCGGCAUAUGUUGUUCAUCAUCAUAAGAAACAAUAAAGAAAUGUAAAUUC